GUCGUUGAACCGCCAAUGUGAGCACCUAGCCCUAUGCUUCAGGCGCCAAAACGGUGCGCAUUGUUGGGUUUAUCAGAAUGGAUCUUGUGCAGCCUACAGACGUGAGUGAGCCGCUCAAGCAGCCGCUCGUAGAACUAGAUGUUGUUGAGAAUGGUUCCGCGGACCUUGAAGCAGAGGUGAAGAUUGCGGCACCAAGCGAUACGUUGAAGGAUCCGGCAUCUCCUCCUGGUAAGGAUGAUGAAAGCGACGUUUCGGGGGAUGAGUGGGAAACCGAUUCGCUGUAUGAAGAAGCAUUGCACUUUGUUCGCGACGAUCAACUCUCUUCGGUUCCGGAUGCGUGUACGCCACAGGAGGCUUCUACUUAUCGCAAGCGCUUGCAUGAAAUUGGAAAGGUCGCAUUUGUUGAAGAAACGAUCGGAAACAAUACGAUUACUGCCAAAAAGCUCCUGACGGCUUUUGGCAUCGUGCCUCCUUCGUUUCUCGAAGACGCGCCGGACGAUGCGUACCAUCCAUUGUUGGGCCUUGUCAUAUCUCGAGAGUUUGCCAAGCGCCAAAAAUUAGAAAACUAUAACACCAUCCAAGACGCAGUUGAGUUGCUGCAGAAGUCGAAAAACAUUAUUGUGAUUACUGGUGCAGGGAUAUCGACGAGCCUCGGUAUACCCGAUUUUCGUUCCAAGGACACCGGGUUGUACUCCCAGCUGGAACAUCUUGGUUUGAGCGACCCGCAAGAAGUCUUCGAUAUCCAGCUCUUCCAUGAAGAUCCUAGCAUUUUCUUCUCAGUUGCCAAAGAUAUCCUUCCCACUGAAAAGAAAUUCUCACCGACGCACGCUUUUAUCAAGCUUCUGCAAGACAAGGGCAAACUACUGACGAAUUACACUCAAAACAUCGACAACAUCGAGGCCAAUGCCGGGGUCAGCCAUGAUAAAAUUGUACAGUGUCAUGGCUCUUUUGCAAUGGCAACGUGCACAAAAUGUCGUUUUAAAGUGCCCGGUGACGCUAUUUUUGAGACUGUCAAGUCAGGCAAAAUUCCAGAGUGCAAACCCUGCAAAGAACAGAUUCUUCUUCGACCACAAGGGAUGAAGCGGAAACGCAGUUCAAAUGGCUCUCAUAUAAACCGAAAGAAAGACGCAGAUGACUCGGACGACGACGAUUAUGACAUUCCUACUCCAGGUGUGAUGAAGCCGGAUAUCACAUUUUUCGGUGAAGACCUCCCUGAUGAAUUUGGCCGUCGUUUGGUUCACGAAGACCGAGAACGUACCGACUUGGUCAUUGUGAUUGGGACCUCGAUGAAGGUGGCACCUGUGGCGGAUGUUCCUAGUAUUAUACCCAACGACAUCCCUCAGCUUUAUAUAUCCCGCACGCCUGUAUCACAUAUUGGCUUUGAUAUCGAUUUGCUAGGCGAUUGCGACGUAGUCGUCUCAGAGCUCUGCCGAAGAGCAGGAUGGGAGCUCAAACAUGAGAUGAUACCGGAAGAUCAGAAAGUUGAAAUUGAUCAAGAGGAGGGUUAUGAAUCACGAUACACCUUUAGAGUUGUCAAUACAUAGCGAGGCGUUCGAUAUCUGCUACUCACUUUUCUAUGAGUAAAUUUUUUUCCAAGGGAAUGGCGCAAAGGUAGGGUGAUUAUACGGCAAGCUGUUAACACUUGUUCGUGAAGGACUUAUGGGACAAAUAGUAAAGUACUAAGCAUAUAGCUAUUCGUGUGUGCCAAUUUUUUAAUCGUGUUGGGUUGUAGCGAAGGCCAUGUGGGAUGAAAGGUCGAAUGAUACCACGAUAGCAGAUGAUAAUUUCAGCAUUCAGUCCAAUUUUGUUCAAUAUUGACAAACAUAUGUAGCAUGUCGUGC